AUGUCGGCCGAGACGACGAUCGUCGAACGGCCCUCGGCCCCGAUGCGCACUGAGACGUUCCGCACCUCGCGCCCCAGCAUCGUCGGCCCCGACGAGCCCCAGCCGCCGUUCCCUAUCGUCCUCCAGGGGCCGGUGCAGCACGGCUUCGGGCGCGGCGGGAAGGACCUCGGGUGCCCUACCGCUAAUCUCCCGGACGAGUCCCUGCCGCCGAUGAGCAACGUCACGGAGACGGGUGUAUACUACGGGUUCGCGCAGGUGCUCAAGGGCGAGGAAGGCGAGUCGUUAUGCUCCGAAGACUCCAAAGUGUUGCCGAUGGUCAUGAGUUUGGGAUGGAACCCGUUCUAUAAGAACGAGCGCAUGACGGCGGAAAUUCAUAUCAUGCACGACUUCCGAUCCGACUUCUACGGCUACGAACUCAAGGCAAUCGUCCUUGGAUACAUUCGUCCAGAGCUGGAUUAUACAUCUCGAGAGGCACUCAUAGAAGACAUCGAGACCGAUAAACGCGUAGCGCUGAACUGCCUAGCGCGUCCUGCAUACGCCAAGUUUCGCACUGAUCCACUGUUCCGCCAAGGUCCUCCUUAG